UGUGUAGAUACAGGAAACUAAGAGAAGGUUGUAAAAGCCCUCAAAGAGAAUAAAAAGGCUAGAAUCAGAUAAACUGGAGUGGUAUCCUAUAAGCAGGGCAACAUUUUCCACUGAAGCACACAUUUAUUUCUACAGUAUUAAGAAUUCCCUAAAAAUCAUUAGAGUGACCAGGUUCCUGUGAUACGCAUUUCUAGCCUGAGGCCUCCUAAGGGCCUGGUGGGCAGCCAUGACGCUUCAAAGCCAAGGAUGUCACAAAGACUGUGACUAACCAAUGAGGGACAGAAACUGGGGAUAUAAUGGGCAGGAAUGAGUGCUGGUGUCUUCAGAGACCUAGUCCAUCUGUUGAAUCAAGCUGAGCUGACCCAAGCCAAACCCAGAAACCAUCAUGUCAAGGAAAGAGAGCUCCUGUAGAAAGAGCCAUCACACUGAAGACCUUGCUUCUAGACCUGAGAUUCAGAUACCUGUGAGCUAUGUGUACCACCUUCUACGGGAAGAGCAAUACACCCCAUUUAUAUGUUCCUCAACGACCCAUUUCCUCCUUACCUUGCUUGAUUGCCUUACUGACUACAUCCUGGAGCUGGCAGGCUCCGAGGCCAGGACUCCACAAACCACCCCUCAACGUGGGAAGAAAGAAGAUCAUAACUGUGAGCCCCCUCGUGUCUUCAAGAAUGUGUCCUUCUCUUUGUUUGAUGAGAUGCCUGGACCCAGGAGGAAUGGCUGAAAAAUGCGUUGAGGAGCCCAGCCUCAGAACAUUGGCUGGAGUCACGUCUCACAGCUGAGGAAGCCCCAAUUUUGUCAUCAACAAAUGUUAUUAAAAGAUGUAAAUCCAU